AUGAUAUACGGAUUCCAGCAUUACAUCUCCAUGCUCGGGUCGAUCAUCCUGGUCCCGCUCGUGAUGGUUCCUGCAAUGGGUGGCUCGGCCGAUGACACGGCAGCGGUGGUGUCGACGGUGUUGCUAGUCUCAGGAUUAACCACAUUGUUGCACACAUUGUUCGGAACGAGGCUGCCACUUGUGCAGGGGCCAUCCUUUGUGUACCUUGCCCCCGCGCUUGCAAUUAUCAACUCCCCUGAAUUCUUUGGGCUCAAUGACAAUAACUUUAAACACAUUAUGAAGCACCUGCAGGGAGCUAUCAUAAUAGGAGGUGUAUUCCAAGUGCUGCUGGGAUAUACAGGCCUCAUGUCACUAUUUCUAAGGUUGAUAAAUCCAAUUGUCGUCUCACCAACGGUCGCAGCUGUUGGACUUUCGUUUUUCAGUUAUGGGUUCACUAAAUUAGGGUCAUGUAUAGAGAUGGGCCUCUUGCAAUUAAUGAUGGUCAUUAUCUUUGCACUAGUGCAGUACCUUCGAAAAAUAAAGUUAUUUGGCUACCGGGUUUUUUUAAUUUAUGCGGUUCCUCUUGGUCUAGGAAUCACAUGGGCUGUUGCUUUCGCUCUGACAGCAAGUGGAGUUUACAGCUACAAAGGUUGCGAUGCAAAUAUUCCUGCGUCAAACAAUAUAUCAGCCUUUUGCCGGAAGCAUGUAUUGAAGAUGAAAUCUUGCCGUGUAGACACUUCACAUGCCUUGAGAGUUUCUCCUUGGUUCAGAUUUCCGUAUCCGCUGCAAUGGGGCACUCCAGUUUUCAAUUGGAAAAUGGGCCUUGUGAUGUGUCUUGUAUCAGUUAUUGCAUCAGUUGAUUCUGUUGGUUCCUACCAUGCGUCAUCUUUGUUUGUGGCCACAAGACCACCAACAGCUGGAAUUGUUAGCAGGGGUAUAGGCGUUGAGGGUAUCUCCACAGUCUUGGCUGGCCUGUGGGGAACAGGAGUUGGGUCAGCAACAAUAACAGAAAAUGUACAUACGAUCGCUGUGACUAAAAUGGGUAGCCGCAAGGCAGUUGGAUUUGGUGCUAUUGUACUUAUACUUCUCUCUCUUGUUGGAAAAGUUGGUGCUUUCAUUGCUUCCAUCCCUGAUGUUAUGGUUGCAGCUCUCCUUUGUUUCAUGUGGGCCAUGCUCUGUGCUCUUGGCUUGUCCAAUCUUCGUUAUGGUGCCACAGGAAGCUCGAGAAACAGUAUUGUAGUUGGGCUAGCAUUGUUUUUAUCCCUAUCAGUUCCUUCAUACUUCCAACAGUAUGGAUUACUUCCGAACACAAAUUCAUCAGUUCCAACCUACUUUCAGCCAUACAAUGUUGCAUCACAUGGGCCUGUAGACACUGGAUUUGGUGGGGUAAACUACGUCCUCAACACAAUACUGUCACUCAAUAUGGUGAUUGCAUUUCUGGUUGCUGUCAUACUAGACAACACUGUCCCUGGUGGCUGCCAAGAGCGGGGCUUGUAUGUAUGGUCAGAAGCAGAGGAGGCGACAAGAGAACCAUCCUUCUUGAAAGACUAUGAGCUUCCUUUCAAGAUAGGGCGGGUGUUCAGGUGGGUCAAAUGCAUGGGCCUAUAG